AUGGGAAGUUAUGUUGAGGAUCCCCCGAAGGCAACACUUUCAGAAAAUGGAGCAACAGAAGAAGUAGUAAUUCCACCUAAGAUUAACAAAGAGCAGCUGGAUGCUGGCGCCCUUUUUGUCCUCAAAUCCAAAGGAUCAUGGUGGCACUGUGGGUACCACCUGACGACGGCGAUAGUAGCUCCGGCGCUACUGAGCUUGCCCUUUGCAUUUGGGCUGUUGGGGUGGUCUGCCGGAGUUGUGUCUCUGGUUCUAGCUGGCCUCGUCACUUUCUACUCUUAUACUUUACUCUCCCUUGUUUUGGAGCACCAUGCCUCCAUCGGAAAACGUCAGCUCCGUUUCCGGGAUAUGGCUCAUGAUAUUCUAGGUCCAGGAUGGGGCCGGUACUUCGUCGGCCCACUUCAACUGGGCAUUUGCUACGGGGCUGUCAUAGCAUGUACACUUCUCGGCGGACAGAACCUCAAGUACAUUUAUUUGGUAACAACACCAAAUGGGACGAUGCAACUCUAUCAAUUUAUUGUUAUUUUUGGAGGGCUAACACUGGUGAUGGCACAAAUGCCGUCCUUCCAUUCUCUUAGGCAUAUCAAUCUUGUCUCUUUACUUCUCUGCCUUGCUUAUUGUGCCUGCACAACUGCUGGAGCCAUAUACAUAGGAUACUCAAAAGAUGCUCCUAAAAGGGACUACUCCGUUACUGAAUCUGGUGUCAAUCGGCUCUUUGGUUUCUUCAACGCUUUCUCAAUCAUUGCUACAACAUAUGGCAAUGGAAUUAUCCCUGAAAUACAGGCCACCAUAGCCCCUCCAGUAACAGGGAAAAUGUUCAAAGGCCUUUUGGUUUGUUACUCAGUUGUGGCAACCACAUUUUUGAGCGUUUCAGUUUCUGGAUACUGGGCCUUCGGGAACCAAUCUCAACAAUCAGUUCUUUCAAAUUUCUUGGUGAACAAUAAGCCUCUGCUCCCCAAAUGGUUUCUUCUAAUCACCAACGUGUUCACCUUAGUUCAAGUAUCAGCUGUCGUACUGGUUUACAUGCAACCCACAAACGUUGUUAUAGAGCGGGCGUUUGCAGAUCCUAAGAAGGGCGAGUUUUCGGUCCGAAACAUCGUACCCCGGUUGAUCUUCCGGUCACUGUCGAUCAUCGUGGCGACCACAUUGGCGGCAAUGCUGCCUUUCUUUGGAGAUAUCAUGGCGCUUUUCGGGGCAUUUGGUUGCAUCCCUUUAGAUUUCAUAUUGCCGAUGAUUUUUUAUAACGUGACAUUCAAGCCUUCCAAGAAGAGCUUAACUUACUGGGGAAACACAUUCAUUGCCGUAAUUUCUACUGUUUUGGCAUUGGUAGGAGCGGUUGCAUCCGUCAGGCAAAUAUUCCUGGAUGCCAAGACUUACCGUUUGUUUGCCAACUUGUAG